AUGUCACGCGUCGGGGAAAUCCUGAAAGCGGUUGGUGAUUUUGGGCCAUUUCAGAAGCGGCUGGUGCUGAUCACUGUGCUUCCAUGCCUCAGCGUGGCUUUCCACCAGUUUUGCCAGCUUUUUAUGGUGCCAAAUGUGCCUCACCACUGUGACACCAGCUGGAUCCGUGCCGUGGGGCCCAACCUGACAGAGGAAGAGCAGCUGAACCUCACCCUGCCCCGGGACGCGGACGGGGCGUACGAGCGCUGCUCCCGGUACUCGCCGGUGGGCUGGGACCUGGGCUCCAUCCUGGCGUACGGCCUGAACGCCACGGAGGGCUGCAGAGAUGGCUGGGUGUACCCCUCAGCACAGCCCCCCUCCCUGCUCACCGAGUUUGACCUGGUGUGUGACAGGAAGGACCUGCAUGACAUCUCCCAGUCUGUCUACAUGCUGGGUCUGUUCCUAGGAUCCCUCGUCUUUGGGCCACUAAGUGACAGGAUUGGCCGCCGCCCAGUCAUUCUGAUCUCCAUCCUCCUCCAGGGCUUGUUUGGUCUGGGAACUGCCUUUGUGCCCCACUUCUAUGUGUACAUGGCCUUCAGAUGUGUUGUGGGGGCUUCUGUGACAGGGAUCACCAUGACAUUACUGUCCUUAGCUGCAGAGUGGAUUGGUGUCUCCCAGCGGCCAAAGGCAGUGCUCAUUUCUCACUGCUGCUUUGCCAUUGGAGAGAUGAUCUUGGCUGGUCUGAGUUAUGGGAUCCGCCACUGGAGGCUGCUGCAGAUUGCAGGGUCUGCUCCUAUAUUUGCCUUUCUCUUCUACAUGCGGGUGCUCCCAGAAUCAGCUCGGUGGCUGUGGUGGCGGGGGCAUAAAUGCCCCAACACGGGCUCACCCCCAAGCCCCUGCCCUGGGGAAAUGUUCACCCCAAGGAAGCUCCUGGUCACCAAACUCCUGGGCUGGGCACCCAGAGCAAACCAGAGCUGCCCAUGGGUUCCCUCUGCCUGCUUUGACUCCUUGGCUUUCUACCUUUUAAAGCUGAAGCCUGAGAUACAGAGCAAGCCUGGAAGUGUCCUGGAUCUCUUUCGGAAGAAGCACCUCCGGAAGGUGACCCUGAUCAUGUCAUGCACCUGGUUUGCAGACAGCCUUGCCUACUAUGGACUGAGUCUGAACUUGACAAAUUUUGGUCUGGACAUCUACCUGACCCAGCUUGCCUUUGGAGCAGUGGAAAUUCCAUCCCGCAUUGUUUGUAUCUUCAUUCUGCAGUGGUUUGGGAGGAAGAAAACUCAGGCUUUUCUCCUGCUGCUGAGUGGCCUGGUGUGUCUGGUCAUCACUGGCAUCCCUGAAGACCAGCCUGUGGUGACCACCGUCCUGGCCAUCAUUGGCAAGUUCACCGCCUCAGCCGCCUUCUCCACCUCCUACGUCUACAGCGCAGAGCUCUUCCCCACCGUGCUCAGGCAGACCGGGCUGGGAAUGUGCUCGAUGUCGGCACGGUUGUCGGGGAUCCUGGCCCCCUUGGUGCUUCUCCUGGACCAGUACCACCCAGCCAUCCCCAUGGCCAUCCUCGGGAGUGUCCCUGUAGUGGUGGGGCUGCUGUGCUUCCUGCUGCCCGAGACCCGUGGCACCGAGCUGGCAGAUGACACAGGGGACACCCACCCCCCGGCUGAGGUCCGUGAAAAUGCCAACAGCAGCUCUGAGAAGGGGCACGUGAAAGGAAAAGAUGGUGGCCAAGACAACGAAUGCACAAAGACCACUUACUUCUAG